AUGGCACUGAGUCCCAGUCAUUCCCGCAUAUCCUUGGCGAAUCCGACCAAGCCUAUCGAAGAUGCCCUAAAAGACUUUGAAAGCGUCCUCUCUGUCAGUCAACGCCAAGAGCUUUACACAAAAACGAGCAUUCCUGAUGCCGACGCCGUCCUCAUCUUUACUGCCGAACUCGAUGCGCGCAACUCGAACAGAAAGGGCCGCAGUAUUGCCAGCAACCUGUUCACCGUCUUGCAAUCCGUUCGCGAUUUCUCUAACAUUGUUGGCACAUUCGUUUCGGCCCAUCCCGAGAUCGCAGCCCUCGUCUGGGGCAGCAUCCAGCUGACGACACUUCAAGAGUUUAAGUCUGACAAAGACGAUAUUCGCGCCCACAGCGAAAAUGUCAAGAACGAAAUAACGUUUGCAAAAGCACAAGCCGAUUUUGAAGACCAAAGACAGAACGAAAUUAGCAGAAGUCACCUUUCUCAGCUCGCGCUAAAAACACAUAUCGGCUUGAAAGAGAUCAAGAAGCAGCAGUUGCAGAUAGACAAACGGCGAGCGCACAAGAACAACGCCAAAGUUCUUGUCGCUUUCUACUUCUUGCGAUUUGACGACCAGAAAUCGCUUCUGGCAGAGACUGCCGUCAGAUCGAUUUUGCGACAGACGCUGAGAUCAGGAAACUUCUCAGAAGAUGAGGAGGGGAAACUGAGAAGUGCGCUGUCCGGAUCUAUAACUAACGUUGCGAAUCGCCUCUGUGCUAGGAUCCAAAACUUCAAAGGCUGCUACAUCAUCAUCGAUGGCAUUGAUGAGUUUGAGAAGCAGGAACGCAACGAACUCUUCAACAUUCUUUUCAGCCUUGUUUCCCAGACAUCGAAUACGAGACUUUUUAUUUCUGGACGAGAGAGUAUGACCCAAGAAGUAAAAACGAAGUUUCGCUCGCUCCAACACAUCUCAAUGAGAAACUCUUCUGUAUCGUCAGGCAUGGAACUAUACAUCGACAGCCUGCUCGAAGAGAAACUCAGCAAUGGUGAACUAGUAGUGGGAAGCCAAGAUCUCAUUGCAGAUAUAAAGAAUGCGCUCAUGAAAGGUGGCGACGGAAUGUAA